UAACAAAUCUCUCCUUGUUAUCUAAUAUGCAGUUGCAGACUUUCAAUCCUUUCCUUCACUUGCUGCAGUUGAUGUCGACCAACGUCAUGUUCGUCUAUCAGUGACGGAGAAUGAUAAUUGAUAACUGGUCUGGCGUUGGAUUUUUCAUUCAAGCGUUCUUCCUCUUUGGAAGCUUUUUCCCUUCAAAAUUGUGCAUUACAGAUUGUUUUUGAAAGGAGAAGGGGGUUUCUGUUUUCACUUCUUGUCCGUCCCCUGCAACCUUACUUCAAUCAAAUUAUCUGAGAGAAGCUUCUCCGUCAUGUUUAUGGCAGCUCAAUCUCACCGUCUCCUAACCAAUGCUUGUCUGUCCACGGCACAUGACAGGAGUAACAGGACUGAUAAUAUUGCUAUUAGAGGAAGGAAUCUCAACUUCUCAUAUGCCACAAGGCAAGGAAAAUUGAUUCCCAUCCUUAAGGAUUGCUCCCUACAAAUACCGACUGGACAGCUUUGGAUGCUUCUUGGACCCAAUGGCUGUGGAAAGUCUACACUUUUGAAGAUUUUGGCCGGUGUUUUACAGCCAACCAGCGGAACAUUGUAUGUGAAAAGACCUAAGAGUUUUGUCUUCCAAAAUCCAGACCAUCAGGUUGUGAUGCCUACAGUAGAAGCUGAUGUAUCAUUUGGCCUUGGUAAGUUCAACCUGAGUGUGGAUGAUGUUAGGCAGAGGGUGUCAAAGGCACUGGAUGAUGUGGGCAUGUCUGCCUACAUGCAAAGGCCAGUUCAAACUUUGAGUGGUGGCCAAAAACAAAGGGUUGCCAUUGCUGGUGCUUUAGCUGAAGCAUGCAAAGUGCUUUUGUUGGAUGAGCUCACAACAUUUUUGGACCAAAAUGAUCAGAUUGGGGUGAUUAAAGCAGUCAAGAACUCCUUAGCUGCGUCUGGUGAAAUUACAGCUUUAUGGGUGACGCAUCGAUUGGAAGAACUUGAAUAUGCAGAUGGUGCUUUUUACAUGGAAAAUGGAAAAGUUAUGAAGCAAGGUGAUGGAUCAAGAAUAUUGAAUUUCAUCAAAGCCAUACAAUCCUCUUACAUCAACCAAAUUAAUUCUUGACCAUGUUUUCUCCUCACCCCCACAGCCACACUUAGUUCAUCUCCUGUAUUUUCUGUAAUAGAAGAAGAAAAUUAGCUAAGUGUUGUCUCAUCUGCUUAGGCAACUUUGUGUUUCCCCUUUCAAAAUACUGAAAAUCAUUAUCAAUUGGGGAUUUGAAAUUAACCUUAAAAUUCUGCAUAUUGUGAAAACAUGUCCCUGUUAUGUUUUUUUAAAAAGGUAAGUUAUUUGCUUUAAAAUUUUCUUCCCUGGGGAUUUGAACUAUUUUGAUUUUUCCUCCUGGAAAUUGAGAAAUCGCUGUUCGUAUUUUUC